UUGUGAGCCACCAUGUGGUUGCUGGGAUUUGAACUCAUGACCUCUGGAAGAGCAGUCAGUGCUCUUAACCACUGAGCCAUCUCACCAGCCCCAGGAAAGUGCUUUUUAAGGAACCCCGCUUUGCCAAUAAUGCUUAAGAGGUUAAAAAAUGGGCUAUCUUCAACAAUACCUAGAAAUGGCUUUAAACAAAUAAUGCAUAGGUCCCGUGGUUGUAGGGCACAGUUUUAAUUAGGAAAAAGUCACAGAGACAUGAUUCAUAUGGACACCUAGAGUCAAUAAAAUUAAGAUCUGAGGGUUGACUAUCAAUUUAAUAUUGUUUCUACAAGUACUCAUUGUUUUUUGUUUUUGUUUUUCGAGACAGGGUUUCUCUGUAUAGCCCUGGCUGUCCUGGAACUCACUCUGUAGACCAGGCUGGCCUUGAACUCCUACAAGUGUUCUUAAUGCUCCAAUCACUAGACAGAUAGAGUAUUUCUACUCUUUGAAACCCUUAACCUCACCUCAGGUUCAUUUGUUUAUUUUCCUUUUCAGUGGGUUCUCACAAUAUCAAGGUGGCCUAGAAUUCUCAAGAGAUUCACCUACCUCCCACACCCGCAACUAAGUGUUUGCUACCAUGUUCAACUACCCCUCACUUUUUUUUUUUGUUUGUUUGUUUUGUUUUUCGAGACAGGGUUUCUCUAUAGCUCGGGCUGUCCUGGAACUCACUCUGUAGACCAGGCUGGCCUCAAACUCAGAAAUCCGCCUGCCUCUGCCUCCCAAGUGCUGGGAUUAAAGGCGUGUGCCACCACUGCCAGGCUGGGCGUGGCACUCAUAUCAGGAAAAAAACUGGCUGGGGGCCGGCGGAAGGGGAUCCUCUGAAACCACACGUAUGCGUUCUGCUGUGCCUUUCUUCCUCAGCACUAUUUCUUUUGGCCUUUGUGUUUAAAAUGUACUUAUACAACAACAACAACUAAAAAUUUUAAUGAGCUUCAUUUAAGAAAAUAAGGGGUGGGUGGGUUGUUGAGUCUUAGAGGAAGCAGCACGCAGCGCCCGCUCCAGUCUCAUCAGCUGCGGCAGUCCCGCCUCUUCCGACGUCCUUCCAGUGCACUUCCGAUCCCGCCUCCUCCCGGAAGCAACUACUUAGGCCACGCCUCUGUCAGUGUAGUUUGUUUCCCAGCGCGCAUGGAUCCUAUGGACCCCACGUGUGAGGAGAGUCCUGCAGAGGACUCCAACAAUGAAGAGGAAGACCUUGACUCCACGAAGGCAGCACCCCGGAUCCGUGAUACCCCUGAAGACAUCGUGCUGGAAGCGCCAGCCAGUGGCCUGGCAUUCCAUCCGACUCGAGACCUGCUGGCAGCAGGGGACGUGGACGGGGACGUGUUCGUCUUUGCCUAUUCUUGUCAGGAGGGAGAAACCAAGGAGCUCUGGUCCUCAGGGCACCACCUCAAGUCCUGCCGAGCUGUUGUCUUCUCAGAGGAUGGGCAGAAACUUGUUACUGUCUCUAAGGACAAAGCAAUCCAUGUAUUAGAUGUCGAACAGGGACAAUUGGAAAGACGAAUUUCCAAGGCUCACAGUGCUCCCAUUAACAGUCUGCUGCUUGUGGAUGAGAAUGUUCUAGUUACUGGGGAUGACACAGGUGGUAUCCGACUAUGGGACCAGCGUAAAGAGGGCCCUUUGAUGGAUAUGCGGCAGCAUGAGGAGUACAUUGCUGACAUGGCUCUGGACCCAGCCAAGAAGCUGCUGCUCACAGCCAGUGGAGAUGGCUGCCUUGGUGUCUUCAACAUCAAGAGACGCCGGUUUGAGUUACUCUCAGAGCCUCAGUCAGGAGAUCUAACCUCCAUCGCCCUCAUGAAAUACGGGAAGAAGGUGGCUUGUGGAUCUAGUGAAGGUACCAUCUACCUCUUCAAUUGGAAUGGUUUUGGGGCUACAAGUGACCGCUUUGCCCUAAGAGCAGAGUCCAUCGACUGCAUGGCUCCAGUCACUGAGAAUCUGCUGUGCACUGGCUCCACUGAUGGAAUCAUCAGGGCUGUGAACAUCCUGCCUAACCGAGUGGUGGGCACCGUGGGCCAGCACGCGGGGGAGCCUGUGGAGGAGCUAGCCGUAUCCCACUGUGGCCACUUUCUGGCCAGUAGUGGCCACGACCAGCGUGUCAAAUUUUGGGACAUGAAUCAGCUUCGAACUGUGGUUGUGGAUGACUAUCGGCGACGAAAGAAAAAGGGAGGGCCACUUCGUGCCCUGAGCAGUAAAGCUUGGAGCACGGACGACUUCUUUGCAGGGCUGAGAGAAGAUGAAGAGGAUGCCAAGGCUCAAGAGGAGGUGGUGAGGGAGAGCGAUGACGACAGCGACUGAGGACGAGGAAGGAGCUGUCUUCUGGGACAGGUUCCCUAAAGAAGUCUGUUUAUGCUAUAGACUGGACAUAAGCUUAGCUCUAUCAUCGAGUUACACCUGACUCCCCAAACAGGAGUUUUCCAUAGUGUAUCAUGUAAGAAAUGACAUGAACUCAGGGCCCUGAAGUGGGAACGAAUUUUCUCCCCCUAUCAUUGUAAAACAAACUAUGGCCACUACAGCAAGAUAGCACAGACACAUGUACACCAACCAGAGUUUUAAUAUAAAUAAAACCAGUAUAGAAAAACAAAAACCAUAUAAGCCCAAACUAGAGACACGUGGUGCGAGGAAGGGCUCUUUGGUUCAGCCAGUUCUCCAAAUAAAAACAAAGAUUCAUAGUAA